CUUUAGAGAAAGAAAUUCAAUUAGUCAUACUUAUUUAAAUCCAAAAUAUCCAAGUGUUAAUUAAGAUUUUCAUUAUUUUCUGAAUCGACUUUAUUUAUAAUAAUCGCAAAAAAAAAGGGUAACAUUUAUUAACAUUUCAAUAUUGUAGGGCUUUUAAAGUGCAAUAGAAUCAGUAGAUACGUGUAAGUAAAUAUUAAACUGUCGUUAUAAGACUGAAUUAAAUGUCGCUCUUCUACACUGCGACAUGUAUUUAGCAAAGAUGAAUUUUAAGGUAAUUUUCCCUUCUUCCUUUCCCGGCCUUCCCUUACCCUUCUGUACCCACUGUUGAGACACCGACGUUUCCAGAUUCUCGAGAAUUUCCUCGUUAAUCCUUAAAGGUCUCUGAACGUUCCUGACUCUUGGCAAUCGUACAAGUACGCUAAUCGACGACAAACCUCGAACUUUAUAACUUCGAACAGAAUAGAAGUGAGAACGACAUUCGGUAAUUAACUCCACGGAAAUAGUUCCGGAACAAAUUAAUAGUAUAAAUAGAACACGUUUUCCAUCCUUUUAUAAGAAUGCAAGUUCAAAGUUUAAUGUCUCUAUCGUGUUUGUACUUUUUAUUGAAAUUUCCUUUUUUCUUACAUUCUUAUCGUUCCGAACAUUAAGAUAAUAAUUUUGAGAAUAACAUUUCCGUACAAUUUUCGUUUCGUUUUAAGAUUAUCUCGAACUAGAAAGGUUACAUGUAUUUAUGUUAAAACAUUCGAUAAUCAUCGCAAAAGAAUACAAAUAAAGUAAGUGACUCUUCUUCUUUCGAAAUGAUAAGUCCUUUAUAUUGAAAUUUUUCGCUUCCGUUCAGGCGCAUGCUUUAAUAGUUCACAGAAAAGCUUCUAGCAUGUAACGUCUCUUACCUCCAGGAAAUACUGUUACCUGCAUAAUUGCAAUCGUUAAGUGCUCUUCGUGCAGUUCUAGAUUACAAAGGCUGGAAAGUCAAACGGGUUUAAAGAGAAUUCACUUCGACGUAGUGACGACCGCAUUAAAAUUUUGCGAUAACUUCUACCACAUCUCCUUUAAUUAUCUUAUUAAACUUCCUAAAUGCAUUCAUUAUACCCAUAUAUAUAUAUAUAUAUACAAUAUACAUAUAUAUAUAAAAAAGACAUGGCAAGAUAACGGAUUAUAGGGUAAAUCGUUUUGUUUCGGACAUUUGAAUAAACUUGAUCGAAAAGGAAUAUAAUCCUUUUCCAUUAUGCCGAAAUAUUGGAUUAAAAAAAAAAAAAAUGUAAUCUUUGAAUUUUCAAUGAAAUCUUCAUUUUCACGUUAAACAAAUCUAAUAGCAAAUCUAAUAGCAAAUAUAUGUAAAUUAAAAGUAAUUCUUUAAAUCUCAUAAUCACGUACAGUAUAAUUACGUCCAUGCUAAUUGAAUGCAACCAUUGAUGACGAAAUCGAUUAUAUUUUUAUGAAUAGAUAGAAAAUCAACAAUAGAGAAUCAAUUAAUACGUAGCUCAAAUUGUCCCUUCGUGAUAUCGGUUAAUUGCAAUGGAAAUCGGUAAGUUAAUGGUACGAUAAAAAAUAUAUACCUAAUAUGUACAAUAUUGAUAAUUAACGUAUUGCAAGUAAUUAGUUUAAAUGAAGAAAAAUCAACAAGUAUAAUGUAAUUAAUAUAACCUUUUAUUUUUUAUCUGUAAAAAAUUCUAUUGUUAGAGUAGUUAAUUUAAAUCGAUUCAUGAGUACACGAAGCAAUUAGGCAGAUUGUUGUGAUGUGUUCAUAUAUCCACAUAUACUCAAGAGAGAACAGAAAGCACAGAAUAGUGUGUGAGAGAAAGAGAGAGAGGGAGAGAGAGAGAGAGAGAGAGAGAAUGAGAGAGUGAGAGUGAGAUUACAAGUACCUACUACGCGAGGCGACUAUACUAUAGGCAAUUCGCUCGUGCUCUAAUAAACGUGCGAUAGAUCAUAGCAACCAAUCGUGCCUAGGUCGCUCGUAAAGCACUGACGAAGCAGUUUGACAGUGUCGAGAGUCGUAUAACCACGAACGUUAACUAAAAGGGUAAAGUUCACGAGGGUUUGUUCGAAACGAGCAAAAGAUUCGUAUUGCUAUUCAUAAUGAGAUUCGAUAAAUAGAUCAAUAUGUUCCUUUUGGUUCAUCGUAUCUGUUGAUUAUAAAGAGAGAGAUAAACGAAGGAGAAUUGUAGAAAGACAGAUAGAUAAACAUUUCAGAGGAGACUAUAAUGAAUGUAUAUAAAUAAAUGGGGCAACUUUUGUACGAUGUUAAAAUACCAUUCUUUAUCGCAUUAAUGAAGCGAACGAUCGUUUAGAGUUGGCAGAGAUGAUAGAUGAUAAAAAAAAGAAAAAAAAAAAGAGGAAAACCCAUUUUUAUAGAACCCGCGAAAAGCAAUCAACACUUCAUUUGUAUCCGUUUGAAAGAGCUAUCCUAAAAAGUCGAUUUUUAUCUCGAUUAAUCCCGGCGAGUUUCUUUAAACGAAUGGAAAAAGAGUAAGAGCGAACAGAGAGACUAAAUCAGAAUACGAAGGACGAAUCGUUAGGAGUUUUCUUAAUUUGAGUGCCAAGACGCUUGAAUAUAUUUGAGAAGCUUCUUCUUCUUACAGCUGAAAUUUCCAUCUAUAUAACUCCCUUCUGUGGAUGCAAACGUUUUACUUUAAGUGGAAUGAUCCUUAUGGCUUCUCCACCUUAGCAAGCAAUGUGUCUAUUUUCGGACGCUUACAUACUCACCUCUUCGGUCGAUCCUUCUUUUUUUUCUUCCAUAGUUCUAUCAAGCCUUAUGAUUUUCAAUGAUACCUUAUUUAAUCUCAAUAUCGACAUUUAUGACGACGAAGCAAAGAUAAACGAUGUAAAGUGCAUGAUAAUUAUCCUAAGUAAUUAUAAGUAUCGUGAGGCUAUCAGGAAUACGAAUUUGUCAAACAUUUGAUUAGAACACUCUUCUUUUUUCGUUCUUGAAUCUUUUCUGCCUGAUACGUACACAGUCCUUUUAUUACAUAUUUCAUGCUAAGAUAUCAAAGUACAUAUCCAAAUAUUUUACAAAUUUGCAAUUAGAACGCAGCUGAUUUAUUUAAGGUGAUCUCUUGUUUUAAUAUUACGAAAUCAAUUUAGAACAACUAAGUUCGAGAUAAAUCUAUGAAAUCUUCAUUGAAGAAGCUCGUUAGAAGACAUUAAGAUACUUAGAGAUGAACUAUUUGUGAAACUUGUUUGGAAAAGGUCAAACCCUUAAGUCUACAGAUUCGAGGCGAUGGUAUCAUUUAUGAAGUUCAUCUUGUUACGAGCGAGGUGAUUUACAAAAGCACAUUGGAUCAAACACAACCGAGAAUUCAGGCAGGUCAAUGUAUCUUUCGUAGUACUCUCUUGAGACACAUCUACUUCAACUAUAGAACUGUUUCUAUAGCACCUGGUAUACCAUACUCCCGUUUCUAUGUUGCACGAUCUCGUUAUGUCAGAUCUUCUCAUUUCAAUAUUCUUUCAAAAGAAUUAUUUCCAGUAUGAAAGGGAAUGAAAUUACAGAAAGUUUUUAUUCGAUUGUUCAUUUAUCAAUAUGAGAAGAAGAUUUCUUUAUUCCCAAGUUGAAAAAUAAGAAUCCUUAUGGUAUUGAUGAUUUUAAUAAGAAUGAAGUUCUAAAUCGUUUAUCGAACAGAUGCGAGCAUAACGUUUUCAUAGAACUAUAAUUCAAUUUGCGAAGUUUCUUUCUUCCUCGAAAUAUAUGAUUUCAUAGGUCAAGGACUGGACGUCUUUGAUGAAAUCGAUAAUUGGCACAAUACCCUUCUAGUCGACUCUUAGCCAUCCUCGUGAAAGGAUCAUCAAUGUCUAAGGAUUAAUUAAUUAAGAUGGCAUAAUACCGAAAUAGAGUGCACACACCCAUAGAUUGCCAGUGCCCAUCAUAGUCAGAUCUUAAGGGAGGUUUACUCUUAAGGGAAGAUAUCUCUUUAUUGAUUCCAAUGUCCAUCCAACAAUGACACCGACUUCUAUCUCAUACCAUCAUGCUUUUCCUUUUCGUCAUUUUACUUGCAAACGGAAUUUCGAGAAUCUUGGAUCAACUGAGGCUUUUCCAACGAGAUUUCUUACUGGAUUUCUUUAAUCGAGGCCAAACCUUUUUCUUCAAUCUUCAGGUAAUCUGCUUCGAGUAGUUUGCCGAGAAAGGAAUUUUCUUUUUUCCUUUUUAGCUUCAAGUAGCUCUUCUGAUUUAAGUACCUAUUACCUAUCAAACGGAAUUCACUCGAAACGUUGAAGGAAGGGUCAUCUCUAUUGAGAGUUUUCUUAUUAUUCGACAUUCAUCGAAUUCUUUCGUAGAUUUACUCUUACCUGAAGUAAACUUGUGUUCCAUUUUUUUUCACUUCAGACAUGAUCUGCAAGAUGCUUUUAACAUAACAACGAAAAAUGUAACAGACGAUCGUUUUUGGAAAUUAUUUGAAAUAUCGAAUAACUUAUUUGAAUUUUUACGUUUUCUAAUGAAGUUUUAGCAUGAGCGUGUGUGAAUUUUUAGCAUUUAAAUGGUUAAAUGAAUUGAUUAAAAAUUUAUAUCAAAGUGCAUACAAUGAAUAUUUAGAUUUAAUAAUUUCGAUACGUUCGAUUUCGAGAUUGGAAGCAUUUUAAGAAAUACAAAAUUGAGUAUAUAGAUAUACGGUCGAAACAAUUAAACCCAUUAAGAAUAUAUAAAAAAUUUUUUACUAAUUUUCAUUGAAAAAAUUACGGAUAUAUUUUAAAAUCAAGGAUGAAUGAAAAUAUAUCAAUGUCAUUUCAGGGUCAUAAUGACGUAAUUCAUAUACGCAAUUUUUCUAUUUUGAAAUAUUUACUAAAACAAUAAAUACUGAAUUAAAAUGCGUAGAAGACAAAAGAAUAAUAGGUAGAGUAACAAAGUGAAGUAGAUCCACGCUAGAAGAGAGAUCUGAGCUUUUUGAGCUUGCAUAGACUCAUGAGAAUAGCGCUGUAGGUAUGUACUUUAAAAGCAGGUCACACAUAUGUACGAUCCGUGAAACUGCUUCGAUGUUCGUCCGCUUCUCCAAAAGUGAGAUAACUCAAUUGGGAUAUUAUUUUGACUUUUUCCUACGGCAUUAGAUACUCGCAUAUAGUAGAGAAAAUAUAAGCAAAAUCUCAUAUGAAGUAUAGAAGUUAAAAUAUUUUGACGACGAACUCUUUGAUUCAAACAGAUUUUUGUACUUGUCAUUCUAUUUGAUUAGUUUCUCGGUACAUUUAGAUUAUCGAUAACAGAAUUAUAUUUUAUAUUUUAUAGAUUAAAUGUAUUAAAUGACGUGAUAUAAUAUUUUAUACAUUUUACACAUUGUAAACAAGUGUUUAAAAAUUGAACAGAUUUCAAAAUAAAACAUUCCUAUAUAAAGUUACAUAUGUUUCUAAUAUUAUAAUUUACAUAUAUAUUGUACAUAUGCAAAUAUUUACAAAAUUCACUCUCUUCCAUAGAUCAUACAAUGUCCAAUAGAUUAAUACAAUGUCCAAUUUAUAAUUUGCAUUUUAAUCUAUAUCAUUUUCUGAGAAUAUUCUUCGUAUAAUUAGAAUUUCGAAUUAUUUUCGUGUAUAUUCGAUACUUUACAUUGUACCGUAUUUCUUCUUUUCUUUAUUCUAAGAUAUAUUUGUAUUAGAAAUCAAGUGUCGAAAAAAGCUACUUUUAAAAAACAUAAAGUUACCCAACAAAAGAAAAUCGUAUUUUCUAGUGGUAUUCGAAGAAUUUCUAAGACAUUAUUUUCACUUUUUAUCACUUUCGAAAGAAGUCGGUAACGACAGUAAAAGCGUUUCAAAGUCAUGUUUGCGGGCUCUGCUAUACGACAGAAUGGAGAUACGGAAAAAGAGGAUGUUCAAAGACACCGUUGAAAAUAUUUAAUAUAUUUUCCGUUUCCAUAGCUUCGUACAAAAGUGUGACUUGUCUAUGGGUUAUCCCGAAAGUCGAACAUUUCUCUUGAAAAUCAAGUUUCAGAAUAUUUUAGAUGGAAUAAGAAAAAAAGUUAACUGGAGGAAUAGUUUCGAAAUAAGGAUGGGAAUGGAAGGGAAAUGUUUAAGUAUACUCUUUUCAAAAAUAUUCGAUCAUUUGAAAUCAAGAUUGAAUUUCAGGAGAGCAAUCAUUGGACAAGAAGAGAGUCAUAAAAAUAAAAAAAAAAAAAAAAUCAAAUAUGAGUUUCAAUCUUUAUCAUUUGACAAAUAUGCCUAAUGAUGGUAUAACGAUUUAACGUGAACGAAAUGUUAUGUACAUAUUUAUUAUGAGCACGCACUUUUAAUACAAGCACAUUAAAUAUUAUGUCCCGAAACAGAUGACAAAAUGAAUGUUCGCGCGUUAUUAAUUUGCGCAUGUACCUAAUGACUCGCAUGUCAAUAAUUAAAUAUGCAUGCGCGAGCUGCAGUAGUUUCGAGCGGGUUUCAGAGAAUUUCCCUCUUCCUUUUUGCCUCGUUAAACGCUUUGUUCUACACUUCCAUCUGGCAAAGGCAUUUUUCUUAAACGACGCUAUCGUCGGAAGGUUCGCCGAAAGCAGAAUUUUCUAGUUCUUUAAAAUUUCUCAUCAUGUAAAUGGUAUUUCCAGUCAUUAAAUCCUUCUCUAAGGUCACUAUAUUUCAAAUAUGUAAGAAAAUAUGCGUUGAAAAAUUAAAUAUUUCAUUAUUUAAAGAUUCUCUUUUGAAAAAAUCAAAUUGUAAACUACAAGAAUAAAAAAAAAAAAAAUAAAGAAGUUAAUACUUUGUAAGGUCACGCAACUUUUAAAUUACAUACUCAUUUACAUAUCUUAUCGUCAUAUUUAUUUAGUUUUAUUUCUUUGCAUUAAAAUUAAUUGUUAGUUCAUAUCUAAUGAUUAAUGUUUGCUCGGUACACACAUAUUUACAUUUAGUAUAGUAUAUUAAUAUUAUAGUACGAGUUAUAUAUUACAAAUUUCAUAUUAUAUAAUCUUUUUUCUAUACACGCAAAAAAAACAUCAUUUCGUGUGGAGGAUUAAUAUAGAUAUUGAAACUUUGCAUGAUAAGAAGACAUCUCGAGGCGCUUGAAACUCACUACCUACAACUCCUAGUAUCAAUCUGAUCAAAAGUACUCGCGAUUGUGUGGAACAGAAAUGUCGAUGUACUUCUUCCGGCUGCACAAUCUGCGCCGUCAGGCGGAGGAGUUAAGAAAGAAGCAAUUAAAGAAUGGAACAAAUAGUCAAAGUGGACAACGUGGGACCAAUUGCGGGGACCAAUUGCAACCAACGGCCGAAUCGAUGCAGUGCUGCAACAAAGUUCAUCGGGGCCCUAGUAAGCUCUUCGAACGGGCCCCUCUCCAACCAAGCGAUUCCCUCGACGAAAUAGCUUUUCAAAUACCAAGAGUUCGCGUCGAAUACUACGUUAACGAGAAUACCUUCAAGGAACGACUUCAGUUGUAUUUCAUCAAGAACCAACGUUCGAGUUUAAGGAUACGACUCGCCAAUCUUUUCUUCAAGUUACUGACAUGUUUCCUAUACAUAUUCAGAGUUAUAAUCGACAACGAUCCGACAUUUGCAGCAUGUUACGGAUGUACGCCCGGAAACAAAACGGAGUUUCUUGCAUCCCAGAAUCUCACCGAAGAAGAGUUUCAGGAGCAUCCAACCAUCAACUGGGAUGCGAUCCUAUGGGUAAGAAGACCUUUGGAGCUUUGGAUAGUACAGGUGAUCCUGGCGAUGGUAUCGCUCACGGAAGCUUUACUACUUGCUUAUCUUGGAUACAAGGGUAACGUCUGGCAGCAGCUUCUAUCGUUCCACUUCAUAUUGGAGUUAGUCAACACUAUACCUUUCACGAUUACGUUGCUAUACCCGCCUAUGCGAAAUCUUUUCAUCCCGGUAUUCUUAAACUGUUGGUUGGCCAAACAUUCAUUGGAGAAUAUGUUUAAUGAUUUGCACAGAGCUAUGCAAAAAUCCCAGUCGGCUUUGAGUCAACAGUUGAUGAUCCUUAGUGCAACGUUACUGUGCCUUGUCUUUACUAGCGUAUGCGGGAUCCAACAUUUUCAAAGGGCAGGGCACAGGCACUUAAAUCUGUUUCAGAGCACGUAUUUCGUCGUCGUAACAUUUUCUACGGUAGGUUACGGAGACUUCGUGCCCGAUAUUUGGCCCUCGCAGCUUUAUAUGGUUAUCAUGAUUUGCGUCGCUCUCAUAGUAUUACCAACACAGUUCGAACAGCUGGCUUUUACCUGGAUGGAACGACAAAAGUUGGGUGGCUCUUAUUCUUCUCACAGGGCGCAAAGCGAAAAACACGUAGUCGUUUGCAGUACGACGCUACACGCUGACACCAUCAUGGAUUUCUUAAAUGAAUUCUACGCUCAUCCCUUAUUGCAGAAUUAUUACGUCGUUCUCCUAUCUCCGAUGGAACUCGACACGACGAUGAGAAUGAUCCUGCAGGUGCCAAUCUGGGCGCAAAGAGUGAUUUAUAUUCAGGGAUCCUGUCUGAAAGACGGUGACCUAGCAAGAGCUAGGAUGAACGAGGCGGAAGCUUGUUUCGUCCUUGCUGCGCGAAAUUACGCUGAUAAAACGGCUGCCGACGAGCACACGAUACUAAGGUCGUGGGCGGUAAAGGAUUUCGCCCCGAACGUUCCACAGUACGUUCAGAUCUUCCGUCCGGAGAACAAGCUCCACGUGAAAUUUGCGGAACACGUUGUUUGCGAGGACGAGUUCAAGUAUGCUCUUUUAGCGAAUAAUUGUACGUGUCCCGGCGCAUCGACCUUAGUCACGCUCUUAUUACAUACCUCGAGAGGACAAGAGGGGCAACAGUCGCAAGAGGAAUGGCACAGGCUAUACGGCAAAUGUUCCGGCAACGAGAUUUACCAUAUAAUCCUCGGAGAUUCACGAUUCUUCGGGGAAUACGAGGGCAAGUCCUUCACCUACGCAUCCUUUCACAGUCACCGGAAAUACGGCGUUGCGUUGGUGGCCGUCAGACCGGCCGAACUUCCCGAAUUUUACGAAGACACCAUUCUCCUCAAUCCCGGUCCUAGGCACAUAAUGAAAAAGACAGAUACUUGCUAUUACAUGAGCAUUACAAAGGAAGAAAACUCAGCGUUCGUUGUGGCAAAUCAUCAGAGUGGUGGUGCCGAACCUGCUCAAGUAGUCGUAGAGACGAAAACUGAUGCGACUUCUGGUAGUACAACGGGUAGUGGCUCAACAACGAAUACUAACGCAACGACGAAUACAACUACAACGACGAUGACUUCUUCGUGUAUAGCAACUACGACAACUACCACUACAACAACCACGAUGACCAUUUCGAUGAGCUGCAGUAUGCCAGGAACCGGUGGUUCAACAGGAGGUGGAGGUGGUGGAGGAGGAGGAGGAGGAAGUGCUGGGAAUGGUACUGCAAUGAGCCACGGUGCUGCCGAACAGCACCGGCCAUUUUCCAACAGUUGUAACGUUGCUCUCAGCGAAACAUCCUCAAGGCAGGAUACCUGCACGGGGCCCCGAGGACAGCAGGCUCGUACCACGAACGGUACCACGCCCGCGAAUGCUCCCAGGGCCCCGUUACCGCCACAGGUUAUUUUGCAGGUCCUCCCUAGCACGCCCACACCACACCAACACCACCUACUCGCAUCCGAUAUCCACCCUACUUAUCUCGAUCCCGGAGGGUUGGGAGAUUCUAGACAACACUUAAAAGAAACUUGCUCUACUCCGCAAACACCGAUUACGGGAAAUCAUCUUGAUGUACCGCGUUCUCUCGAUCCUAAUCCCAAUCUUCUCAGUCCAGAAAUUCUCACUCAAAGGAGAGGAAGCAGAAGGCCGAGUAUCCUACCUGUGCCUGAUAUGUUAACGGGCUCAACCUUACAUCUACCAGGGCAAGAAUCCUUAGAUCAUGAAGGAGACGAAUCUGAAGACGAGAUGGAUGAUGAUGUUCCGUGGAGAUCGCCAAGUGAAAAGAUAGCAUUCAAAGGGAUAGUCAAGGGUUUUCCACCGGUAUCGCCUUUUAUCGGAGUUUCUCCUACUUUGUGUUACCUUUUGAAGGAAAAGAAACCCCUUUGCUGUCUACAAUUAGCUCAGGUUUGCGAGCACUGCACCUAUAGAAACGCUAAGGAAUAUAACUGGCAGAACAAAACAAUAAUUCUCGCCGCUGACUAUGCCAGUAAUGGAAUUUACAACUUUAUAAUUCCUCUACGAGCACACUUCAGAUCGAAAACAUCGCUAAAUCCUAUCAUUCUCCUUCUUGAGAAAAGACCAGAAAUCGCUUUUUUGGACGCGGUAUCAUAUUUUCCCCUCGUGUAUUGGAUGCUGGGAUCCAUCGAUUGUUUGGACGAUCUCCUUCGUGCUGGCAUCACUUUAGCGGAAAAUGUCGUCGUUGUGAACAAGGAACUGAGCAAUUCCGCAGAGGAAGAUACUUUGGCCGAUUGCAAUACCAUCGUCGCGGUUCAAACGAUGUUCAAAUUCUUUCCAAGCAUAAAGAGCAUAACAGAAUUAUCCCAAUCGAGCAACAUGCGUUUUAUGCAGUUUCGGGCACAUGACAAAUAUGCUCUUCAUCUCAGCAAAAUGGAAAAGGUACUCCUCAGUGCUACUUCCGGUGACAACUACCACAAUGAGCCUCCGAUGGGCUCUCCGAACAUACCGAAAAUAAAAAAUCGAUUAAAGAAAAAAGUCACAAUCAAAAGAGAAAAGGAGAGAGGAUCUCAUAUAUCGUACAUGUUCCGAUUGCCAUUUGCCGCUGGUAGUGUCUUCAGCGCAUCAAUGCUUGAUACUCUCUUAUAUCAAGCUUUUGUCAAGGAUUAUGUAAUAACAUUUGUAAGAUUACUACUUGGGGUCGAUCAGGCCCCUGGAUCUGGAUUUCUAACGUCGAUGAGAAUAACAAAGGACGACAUGUGGAUACGAACCUACGGCAGAUUAUAUCAAAAGCUUUGUUCAACUACCUGUGAAAUUCCAAUUGGUAUUUACAGAACGCAGGACACAACAGUAUCGGAUACCUCGCACGGCGACUCAGACGCAGAGAGCGACGCCGGCGUCGGCGUGACGUACAAGGUGCGUCAUUCGGCGGCAGCAUCAUGCCUUGCAAAUUGCUCCACCCGUGACAAGGGUACUUCAGCCUAUUCGGUGAGUCUUGGCGACGAAGCACGCGACAACCAUGCUCAACAAAUCGAGAGGGCUGAAAUCGCAAACCUGGUGCGUUCGAGAAUGGAAUCAUUGAAUCUACCUGUUGCGGACUAUGACGACGUCUCGGAGAAACGCAACAGCCUGUCCUACGUUAUCAUCAAUCCGAGCUGCGACCUAAAACUGGAGGAGGGCGACAUAGUCUAUCUCGUGAGGCCGAGUCCAUUUUCAGCCCAGAAGACCUUCGAGCGUCACAAUUCACGGCGUAAGAGCAACAUCAGCUUUUGCUCGGCUCAGCUAGUCUCGCAGAUGAACGCAACCGUCGCCUCGGCUGGAUUUCCCGGUGGUCCGGGUAGCCGUCGAGGUUCAGCCAUUGGCUUGGCCAGAGCACCGCCAUUAGGUACCACCAAAUCGAACUCUUUGUCUCUUCCCGACAGUCCUACCGUAGCUGGUACACUUCGAGGCCGUUCAAAUUCCCUGAGAGUCGUCGACGACAUUCUAUUGCGACGUAGCAACUCCUUGAGACAAGGACUAACGGUUUCAAGGAGGAAGAGCAGUCUGGAAGACAUCGGGCUGGGCGCUCUCUCGCAUCCUACCAAUCAUAAUCCUAUAAAGAUCGCGCUGAAUGGAUCCAUCGGUUUGGAAGUGACACCGCCCGAGGAAGGUUCUUUGGGUGGUGGUAGUGCCAGUAAUACGGGCAUACUCGACGUCGGUCUCCCAUCCAUGCCGAGUCUUGGGGUUGGAGUUGGAUUUGGACCGACGUUAGCUCCUGGACUCUGCAGUUCCUUGGGCGGUCUAUACGAUCCGUCAACUCUUCAGAGUCCAAUGGUGCAAUCACCUCAAUCGCCGCAAAUUCAGGCUGCCACGCAGGAUCCACAGCACAUACAGGGGACGAUAGUAUGAUAUAACCUUAUGUGGGGACGCAGACUCUCUGGCGUAGUGCGAAACAAAUGGCUCUAGCGUUCCCACAUUAGGUAUUAGAAUCGUACGUCGUUAGCGAGCGUAGCGUGUUUGCCCGUAAUGAACCAACCAGUGGAAGCACCCGAUUCACUCAAAUGGCUUGGAAUUGCGAUGGAAAAUGUGCAAACCGCAUUGCGUCUUUUCCAUCGUCUUCCUAAUCCGAAUAGAAUGUAGACGAACCCAAGUAGAUACUCUUAUGAUGCAGUAAUAUUUCCUUACAGUUACUCGAAGCGAAUUACAAACUGUGAUAUACUAUACUUUCGUAUACGUUGCAUUAUCUCGUUGCGACUAAUUUUUCAAUUCGAUGCAUUUUAUUACUUUUUUUUUAAUUUCUUAACAAAACAAAAAUAUUACGAUCAAAGAAGUAACUUCAUUUUUUCAUUGAAUAUUUGGUAUGUGUUCAGUAAAACAAGAUAUAUAUUUAUAAUUGUCGAAAGAAAACAUUUUUCGAAAGAGAACGAUUUACUACUGUCAUCACAAACUAUAUACUUACAAACAGUUGUUUGCAUAUUAACGUGGUAUGCGAAACGAGAUAUCUUUCUGUCGAUCGUAAAUGGUCAACGUGAUACGACGUUUGGAGCAAAUGAUACACAUAUAUAUAUAUGUGUGUGUGUAUGUGUAUGUGCGCGCGCGCGCGUGUGUGUGUGUGUGUGUGUGUAUGUGUGUCAGGCUCAUAACUAGAAAGAACCAAAGAAUAUUAACGUGAUCUAUUCAUCAUUUGAAAAGUCAAAUCUUUCGAUCGGUGACAAAUAUCUAAUUUGAUAUUUCUUACGUACAGAGACAGCAAAUUAUAAUGAAAGAGAUCUGAUAUAUUUGACAAAUUAUUAUUAAUUUUAUUACAAGUGAUUUAUAGUUUUCUGUAUAUGCGAGAUAGUGAAUUCGAAAAAGAGAAAAUGAAAUUCGAAUUAGAUAGAUUUUGUCCGAUCAAUUUGGUACAUUCUCGAUUUCAAAAAACAAAGGAUAUUAACGUGAAUAUCCCCUUAGCGAAAUUCCAAAUAAUUUUAUACUAGGAGAAUUUACGGCGAGAGUAUACAAGAUACAAAUGAAUAUAUAUAUAUAUAUAUAUGUAUAUAUAUGUAUAUAUAUAUACAUAUAUGUAUAUAUACAUAUAUAAAAGAGGAUAUAUAUAUAUAUAAUUAUAAAUAUAAAAUAGUAUAUAUAUGAUUAUAAAUAUAAAUCUAUGACCAUUCUAAUCAUAUCAGUCGAAAAUGACAUUCGAACAAGUCAUCGUACUAUACGUAAGUAUAUUAAAACAAAAAGAAACAAGUAGAAAUGGCGUAGAUGCUUAAGGUACGUAAAAAUUAAAGUUUCAACAGGAUUCGGAAAAAUGCUUUUCAUUAGUAAAGUUUCUAUUUUCAAAUCUGAUCCGAAAUUGUACGAACGAUUCGAUCAAUGUGAAAGGAAAUUCAAUCGUAAAGAGAACAAUACAAAUGUUUCUUCAUCUCCUGUAUUAAUUCCAAAGUAUAUUAUAACGCAUAUUGCAAAAUGAUAAAUUUUAAUGGGCACUCGUCCGUAAAAAAAUUAUUUAGCGUUAGCAAAAGGAUAUUCCUGCUUCAUUUGGACAAUCCGUUUUGUUAGUUAGUUCGGAAUCCAUGCCAAUCCUGAAAUGUCUUUAAAAGUCUAUUUUUUGACUUUUUCAGCGCCAAAUCCAUGGCGUUUUAAGCCAAAUGCGAUCGUUCGUUGACCAAUUUACACGUUUUUUCGACCAAAUCGUCAUCCUUCGCGCGAUACGUAUUUACAUAUUGCUUGAAAAUUGCUUUUAACAGCUCUCCCAGUAACGACGCCACGAUUUCAAUCAGUCGAAUUAGUUCAUCUCGUAUUUGUCUCGUUAAUGCGAUAAUUCUUACCAAUUACUAUUAUCGAUUUUAUCGUACUCUGCAACAAGAUGAAUUUCACAGGAAAAGCAAAAUAAUUUAUUAAUGACUUGCUUUAUACAACUUUCUCUCUAUCUCUUUUUAAUGUCAUACAUACAAUAGACAAUAUUUUAUCCUAAACAAUGUUCAUAAUAAAUUGUAUAAAAAAAAAAAAAAUACACAGACUUUGAAUUAUCGCAUUGCUUUAUAAAUAUUCGAUUAAUCAUUUUAUUAAAAUAAAAAGAUGUUCAACAUUAUAAUUUUAUUGUUGGUGCAAUGCGAUCCUGCCUAUGAUCGGCUAAUGAACUUUUAAUUUCCUAGAAAUCGGCAUUUAAAUAUUUUAAACAUUCUUAUAAAACAUUUUUCUCGAUCUCUUCUUAUAUUCGCUUUUCUCACAUUCGCUCGGUACAUUUUUCUCGUAAUUUAGAACUGAGGAGAUCAGUGUUGACAAUUAAGAACAAAAACGGAUCAUCUUCGUUGGAACGACUAAGACUCGCUAGUGUUUUGUGUAUAUAUAUAUAUAUAUAUAUAUAUAUAUAUAUAUAACGUAUAGAUAUAUAGCACAUGCGUGAGGUAUUUUUCAGUAGGAGGUAAUUUUCUAUGUCAUAAAUCGUAAAAGCUCAAAUAAAAAAGAUUCGACAAAUUCAUGCGGCUUCAUCUUGACGUUAAUGCGUUAAGAAAAUUCUCGCGGAGUCUUAUAUAUUUUUUCCGAAGAACAUAUUUAAAAUAGUCGCCGAUGAGUACGAGGAAUCGAAAAAAAAGAAAACUGUUUGAUGUUAUCAACCGGACGAAUUAAGGGUAUAAAAAGAUUUAAUUCUAAAAUCUCUAUUGGAACUCGUUUGAGUUAAAAUUUAUUGUCGAUCGUUAACAGAGUACAAAUGAAAUAGUUAUUUUUCUUUUCUUUCCUCGCUCGAAUAAACGUUUAUCGCUUGAUAGCUCGCGCGUAGCUCGAUUUUCUCGGAAAAAAAAAAUCGAUUGUCAUGUUUUACCUUCUAUUUAUCGAUACUUAUAUUGAUUUAAAAUAGUUAUAAAUCUUUUUGAGAAUUAUAACGAUCGACCUCAAGGUACGUAAAAACAGAAAAAUGACGAGCGAACGACGAUAUCGGAUAUUUUACUUCCCUCUAGAAAGUGUAGAGAUUAUUAUGGACGAAUAAUUGAGUACUGAAAAAAUAAAUUUAAAAGUUUAUCCGCGUACCGUAAUUCGUUGUCACGAUAGCGAUACGAAUGGUAGUUCAAAGAUGUAUAUAGUUGAUUAUAUAUCUAGACGAUAGGAUCAUCUUACAAACAUAUGACCUGAAUCUUCGUAGUUUAAUUGGUAUGAAUAGUUGAAAGAAUUUUAUGCUGUAAAGGACGACCGCCCAAACGAUGUCCUGAAUGGGAAAACUUCGAAUGUGUUUUUUCUAGUAAUUUAUAACUUAAGUAAUUCAGAUGUAUACAAAAUUAUAAAAGAAAAAAAAAAAAGAGGAGAAGAUAUUAUCGCUUGUUCGAAUAAGCUCGAUGUCUUCGUAUACUUACAAUAUUCAUUCUAAGAUAAAUCUUAACAUUUUAUGAUAACGAAAAAAAAAAAAAAAAACAAAACAAAACAAAACAAAACAUACUCAACAAAGAUGAUUGUAGCUAUACGAAGAUAGUCCGAUAUUGAUAAAAUGUGAAUGAUUCCUUAUUUAGGACAAAUUUAACCCUUAAAAGCUCUAAUGACAAAAAUCAUGUUAAUGCUAUCUUUUUGAAAUGUCAACACAAUAUAUUAUUUGUUACUUUAUAAACUUAAUAUCAAUCAAAAACAAAAGCAAUUAAAUUCUAUCUUUAUUAUCGUUUAAUAUCAGAUGAAAAUUAUCUAAAGUAAUUUGUGCAGUGUUUAUCAAUAACAUAGCGAUGAUUAUGGCAAAUAAAUAUUUCUUUUGCACUUUGUGCAUUUCACACCUUUACUUUAUUUCUUCUUGAAGUAAAACUUUAAUCAUCAUAAACUUUAAGGGUUAAAUGAAAUAUUUCCAAUCUCAUCGGAUGAUCGACUAUGCAUUUAUAAACGGCCGAUGACCAAUUUUUAUUUCUUAGCCCUUCCGUAUUUGUUACUUUUUUCUCAAUCUAAUGAUACGAUCUUUGCCAAAAUUCGAAAAACAAAUUCGCAUCUUGUGAGCAACGAUAUCGCGACUUUGUAUUUAACGAGAAAAUGAUCAGAAUCAAAGCACAAAUUUCUCACAAUUUCUUAUGCUUAUUCCAUUCAUAAUAUUUAUAAAUUCUAUUGUAUUACUACAUUCUCAUUUAUCGAAUCUCAGAAGUACUCUUACUUUUCUUUUUUCUUGCAUAAACAUGAGAGACAAUUCUUUUUCACAAACGCACUGAGCACCGCACAAAUUUUGUUCUGAUAUAAAAAAAAAAAAAAAAAAAAAAUAAUAAAAAUAAAAAAAAAACAAUAAGAGAGAGAGAGAGAGAGAGAGAGAGAGAGAGAGAGAGAAA